AUGAAUGAUUCGAGGAACACUCUCAGCGCUGUGAAUAAUAUGUGGCACAAACUGGGAAGAAUAGCCACAUCUGCAUGUGCACCAUUCCACCUCAUUUGGGAGUUUACAGAGAGCGACUUCCCUACUUUCGUCGUCCCGAACACAGCGUUUGGCAUCUUGGCAGCUCUUGCUGCAACCCCUCUCGUCAACACCUCUGGAUCUUCUGUUUCGUGGUUGAGCGUCUUGCAGAAUUUUCCGGCCGUAUUGAUCUUCAACUGGUGGCACACAUUCAUAUUCGACCUCUCUCACCAAUGGAGCCCUCAGUCAGUGGCAGAAGACCGCAUUAACAAACCAUGGCGGCCGAUCCCCAAAGGCAAAAUUACUCCCGACCAAACAAGGCGCCUGAUACUUGUCAUCAUACCACUCAGUCUUGGCCUAGAUUAUUACAUGAAUGUCUGGGACCAGGGAAUUGUUAUCCACGUUAUCACUUGGAUGUACAAUGAUUUGGGAGGUUGUGAUGAGUGGUUCUUCAUUCGCGAUCUGUGCACAGCCAGUGCCUUCGCUAUGUUUAACAGCGGUGCCUUGAAAAUUGCAUCUGGUUGUUACAUGAAUGAUGACCAGUGCGAUGUCAACGAGCUCGGCCAUAUCUGGACAGGCAUCAUCAGUGCCGUUAUCUUCACUACCAUGCAAGUCCAGGACCUGAAGGACCAGGAGGGUGAUCGCCUCCGUAACCGAAAGACGGUGGUUUUGCUCUUCGGAGAGAGUGUAUCGCGAGCAUCUAUUGCGCUACUGGUCCUUUUCUGGUCGCUUGUGUGUGUUUGUUUCUGGGGAACAAGCCUGCGAACUUUUGCUCUUGCAAUACUACCUGCUAUUGUCGUGAUUUGGAAGGUCAUGAUGUCAGGAUAUAACAAGACGGAAGACCGACGAACUUGGCAACUGUGGAGCGUAUGGCUUAUCUGUCUUUAUGCUCUACCUUUGGUUGGGAACAAUUGA